AAUGUCAAUUUCCUUACAUUUACGACGGUGUUGAAGUAGUCAUGUAUCUCUAUUUUCAACUAUAAUAUAUUUUAAAAUCUGUUUCAUAUCUGGAAUUGAUAGUUUAAUAUAAUAUGAGUUACUUAAGUGAUCUAUCACAAACUAAUGAAUAUUUAAGUUUUCGUAGUAGUAUACCACUACGAAAAAUAGAUGUUGACUCAGAUGAUACCAAGACGUGGAAAAUAUUUGACAGUGGCCCCAAAUCUGUUAGUUGUCCACUUAUAUGUUUGCCACCAGUCUCGGGUACAGCCGAUAUUUUUUACAAACAGAUCAUGGGUCUCACUACACGAGGCAUUCGCGUUAUUGGAGUAGAACCUCCGCCUUAUUGGAAUUUAAAAGAGUGGUGUGAUGGAUUCAAACGACUAAUUGAUUACCUUGAACUAGAUAAAAUACAUAUAUUUGGUGCUUCACUAGGUGGAUUUUUAGCACAGAAAUUUACAGAAAUAACAAAAAAUUGUCCCCGUGUUGCAUCCCUUAUUUUAUGUAACACCUUCACUGACACAACUGUGUUUGAAUAUCACGACUCUGUAGCUCUAUUCUGGCUUCUACCAUCUUUAGUGCUGAAGCGCAUGUUGAUGGGAAAUUUCACAUGUGAAAAAGUUGACAAGAGAAUUGCAGAAUCAAUAGAUUUCAUGGUUGAAAGGCUUGAAACAUUGACACAGUCUGAGUUAGCAUCAAGACUAACUCUGAACUGUACACCGAGUUAUGUUCAACCCCAGAUACUUGGUGACAUUCCCAUCACAAUUAUGGAUGUUUGGGACGAUGGUGCCCUUAGUUCAAGAGUUCGGGAGGACCUUUACAAGUCAUACCCACAUGCUAAAUUGGCUCAUUUAAAAAGCGGUGGCAAUUUUCCCUAUUUGAGUAGAAGUGACGAAGUUAAUUUGCAUUUAUUGAUACAUUUGCGCCAAUUCGACGGCACUGAUCUAUCCGCUUCAUAUUUAAAUCUCCACAAGAUUUCACCACAAAAUCAAACCGAAGAAGGGACAGUGAGCUAUUUUAACCAAAAGGAUAAAUUUGUUAAAAUAUUGUGAAGUUCGUUUACUUGUUGCUCUUUGCAAUAGUAAUGUCUAUUAUGGGUGUGUUAAAGUACAUAAUUUAUAACAAUAUGUUACGUUAAAGUGUGCUUAAAAUGAUAAUAUUAUUUAAUAAUCUGUGAGGCGUCAUAUCACGAUCGACUGUAAAGAAUUUGUAAUAUAUCAAUUUUCUAUAACCGUAAAUAAAAGUGACAAUUCAAUCAUGUUAAAAUUAA